AAUGUUGAUGACCAUUUAAAUGGUAAUUUAUUUCAAGUGAAUACUUUGGUGACGGUGGCCAAUAGAUCAUUUAUUGUUCAAGUGGAUACUGGUUCAACUUUGAUGGCUAUUCCAUUGGUAAACUGUAGUUCAUGCGAGGAUCGCCCUGCAGAUCGUAUGAUUUACGAUCCAUCCGCGUCAAGGUUCUCAAAGUUGGUCAAGUGUAACAGUGAGAAUUGUUUGAGCUCUGGUUCGUCAAGACCAAGAUGCAGCAUGCAACUCAAGGAAACAUGUGACUUCCGUAUCUCAUACGGUGAUGGAUCAUCAGUGUCUGGACAACUCUACGAAGAUAUGGUCACAUUGGCUGGACUUUCAUCCAUCGCACACUUUGGAGCCAACGAGUAUGAGAGUGAUCAUUUCGAAUAUCCUGACGCCGAUGGUAUCUUGGGACUUGGUCGAUCAUGCAAGACAUGUGUUCAAACUGUAUUCGAAUCAAUUGUCAAGAAUACUGGUGUUAAGAAUAUAUUCUCAAUGGUAUUGAACAAUGAAGGUAGUGGAGCAAUGUCAAUGGGCGAUAUCAAUCCACAUUUCUAUUCUGGACCAGUACUUUAUACACCAAUCCGUGCAUUUGGACCAUUCUACACAAUUGGUUUAACAUCAUUCAAGAUUGGCAAGACCUCAAUCGACCCAAGAUUAUUUGGAAAUGUUAUUGUUGAUAGUGGAAGCACUGCAUUGACCCUCGCCAGUGGAGCCUACGACGCCCUCAUCAAAUACUUCAUGACCAACCUCUGCAAUAUCCCAGGUGUCUGUGGAUAUCCAAACAUUUUCGAUGGUUCCAUCUGUUUUAGGGAGGAUACAUUGAUCAACUCAUUCCCUAUAUUGUACUUCACAUUUGCAGGAGGUGUCGUGGUACCAGUUUACCCGAUUAACUAUCUUAUCCGUGUGCCAUUGACAUCGGAUGAGGUUGGUUAUUGUUGGAUGAUUGAUAAUGGUGACUCGGAUAUGACAAUCCUCGGUGAUGUCUUUAUGCGUGGUCUACAUAUUAUAUUCGAUAACGAGAGCAAUCAAGUUGGUUUCAGCAUUGGAAAGUAUAACAACAAGGUCAUCAAUCCACGUAUGACCAUAUCAAAGUCACGUGAUGUUGAUAUCAAUCUCAACGUUGAUGAUGCUGUCAACCUGGAUGUUGGUCUCAAUCUCGAAAUGGAUGAACAAGAU